AUGAGUGGAAAAUAUAACGGUAUGCAAGCUGUUAUUCACCGAAAGUUCCCACUUGCCGAGUAUGUGCCUUGCGCCGCACAUUCUCUCAAUUUAGUCGGCCAAUCAGCAGUAAGUUGCUGUCUGGAAUCUGUCGGAUUUUUUGGCUUUGUCCAAGGUUUAUAUUCUUUGCUCGUCGCUUCAACACACCGUUGGAAAGUAGUCCAUAAUCGGCUGAAGAAAAAAGGCUUGCCCACAGUCAAACGUCUGUCAGACACUCGUUGGUCAGCGCAUGCCGCCGCUGUUAAAGCCGUGGUCAAGGGCUACGAAGAAAUCAAAGCUGGAUUGAAAGAGAUUGCUGCAGACCCAGAGCAGACGGGAGACACUUGA